UGCAGCAAAGACGUGAUCGUGAGCUUUUUGAAACGAAAUGAAAGUACUGCUUUACUGUCCGUUUUGUUCGGGUUGGUUUCUUGGUGUGUUAUGGAGGAAUAAUUCAGGACCGGAUGGAUGCCAUGUGCUACUUCCCUCCCAGGACCAGUGAGUGAACUGUUAACUAUCAGUAGUAACGGUGGGGUCGGUCAGGUGCCUGGGAGGUCACGGAGGGCGAGGAGCUGGAUGUAUGAGACGGCUUGAUGGGCCUGAGGGACCAUCUGGAGGAUGGGACAGGCCACAUCCUCAGCCUGGGGCUGGAUCUGGACUACCUCCAUGUGGAAGGUGCUGAGCGGCAGGCAGGUCUGAGCACUGCGACGGGUGCUGGGAAUGUAGUGGCCUUACAGGUCGGAGCUGGUACCUUGAGUAACAGCAGUAACAGUAUUGGUAGCAGCAGCACUAGUUGUAGUACUCAUUCAAGCUAUAGUAGCAGUAGUAGUUGCAGUAACUUCUCUGAGGAGAGUGCCGUCUCUGACAGUGAAGAUGAACGCCUCCAGAAUGUCUCUGCUUCUCAAAACCCUCACGAAGAUCAGCCUUCAUUCUGUCAGCCAUUCAGGCUGGACCUGGCACCAAACCGAUCCCCUGGAGACUCCCCACUGCCAGAAACAUCCCCUCCCUCUGACCCUGUCACAGACUGCCGCACCAAGGUAGAAUUUGCUCUUAAGCUAGGCUACUCUGAGGAGCUGGUGCUGCUGGUGCUGAAGAAACUGGGCCCAGACGCACUCAUUAACGACAUCCUUGGAGAACUGGUCAAAUUGGGAACCAAGACAGAGAUGGAGCAGCAAAGAGGAGGAGGUGGAGGAGGCUCGACCGUCUCCCGGUCUCCCUCUUCCUCUUUGUCUUCCUCUUUGGCCUGCUCCUCCUCCUUCUCCUCCUCCACAUCCUCCCUGGACUCCUGCCGGCUGCUGUGCCCAUCUCAGCUACUGGAGGACAAAGAAAACCUUCGGCCUGUUGUGGUGGAUGGGAGCAACGUAGCCAUGAGUCAUGGAAAUAAAGAGGUGUUCUCCUGUCAAGGCAUCCAGCUGGCUGUUGAUUGGUUCUUGGAGCGAGGUCACCGUGACAUCACAGUUUUUGUCCCUGCCUGGAGAAAGGAGCAGUCACGACCUGAUGCUCUCAUCACAGACCAGGAGAUCCUACGACGACUGGAAAAAGAGAAGAUCCUGGUCUUCACUCCAUCUCGCCGUGUGCAAGGACGCCGUGUGGUUUGCUAUGACGACCGCUUCAUUGUCAAACUGGCAUAUGAGUCAGACGGCAUCAUCGUCUCCAACGACAACUACCGUGAUCUGGCCAAUGAGAAGCCAGAGUGGAAGAAAUUCAUCGACGAGCGUCUGCUGAUGUACUCCUUUGUAAACGACAAGUUCAUGCCACCAGAUGACCCACUUGGACGCCACGGACCCAGUCUGGAGAACUUCUUGAGGAAGAGGCCUGUUAUUCCUGAACACAGGAAGCAGCCAUGUCCUUAUGGGAAAAAGUGCACAUAUGGCCACAAGUGCAAGUUUUACCACCCUGAAAGGGGCAGCCAGCCCCAGCGUGCUGUGGCUGAUGAGCUCCGCGCCAGUGCCAAAAUUUCAUCAGUAGCUUCCAGAGGCCUGCUGGAAGAUGCCCUGAUGGUGAAGAGCCAAAGUUCUGGCCAACCAGAAGGAAUAGCUGAGGUCGAGCCCAGUCGGGGCACUCCAAAGAAACAGCCAAACCCCAGCCUUCGGAGCUCCUUCUCUGACCUCCUGGAGGACAGGCUUCGGGUCCAGUCCAAAGUGGAAGCACGUAGGGGAAGCAACAGCAGCAGCAGCAGUAGCUGUAGCAGCAGCUUCCUAGGGCAUCCGGCUCCAGGGGGGCCUCCUUCAUCAGGAGGCCUGGACCGAUGGGAGCACCCUGGAGGAAGUGGUGGAGGCAGCUCAAGGGUUUCUGGAGCCUCAGGAUCAAACCAGACUGAAACUUACCACAGAUGUGAGUCUCCAGAGCUGGGCUACAGCUCAUUGGUAAAGGCCUACUCCAGCCUCAGUCUGGUAGUGCCACAGAGUCCUGAGUGCUUCUUCCCAGCAGAUCUGCGAGCUAGAUCUCUGCCGUCAGACUGCAGCAGUGAAGGCAGUGUCAGCUCUGACUCUUUCUCCCCUGAUCCCGUCUUAGAUGACGGCCCUAAGUGCCACCAUCACCACCACCACCAUCAUCGUCACCCCCACCAUCACUGCUCUGGCCAGUAUACCCAACCUGUGAGCCGUGUUCCCCCUGGACUGGGCCAGCAUGCUCCUCAUGGAUAUCCCCAUCCUGAAGUACAUCGGAGACAACAUGGUUUUGGCUUGGAUGACCCUCCAUCUUCUCUUGCUUCUCAUGCGUCUCCACGUCCCUUCAAGCCCCCAUCAGCCUACAUCCCACCCCAUCCUCAGCAUCCAUCACUGAGCAGUUUCACAGGGGAAUUUCAGGCUCCUCCUCUACAUCCACCCCAAACAUCCCCUGCUCACUCCCACUCUCAGAGUUCCCUCCUGGGCCACAAUUUGAUGGGUUCCCUUUGGCAGGAAGGUGGGCUGCAGGACUCGCGAGUGUAUGAAGGGUCCCCACUUCAUUCCAGAAGGAACUACUCUGGGCUAAACCAACAACCACAGCAUCAGGUAAAUUGGGACCCGCACUACCAGCAGUCCUCCAAACCUUGUUAUGAUCUGUUUGCCCUCCAGAGCCUCCCUGAAGUCCAUGAGAAGCCCUGGCACUCUCCUUGGGGCAGGCAAGUUCAUUCAUCACCCCAACACCUUGCUGCCUCAAGUCUUCCACCACCUCCGCAGUUAUCCCAUUCACCCGUCACCACCCACAAAAGCCACCCAUCCUCAGCGCCCCAGCACCAGGAGCCCCCUACCUUGGGUCGAUACCAAGACCUGAGGGAGAGGGUGUUUGUUAGCUUGUGCGGCAUCUUCCCUCCAGAUUUGGUGAGAAUGGUGAUGACCAGGAACCCUCAUGUGAUGGAUGCUCAGAAGCUUGCAGCUGCCAUUUUGAUGGAGAAAUCGCAGCAUGGUUCUUGAAUACAGCCAGAAGGUGAAGUUACAGCUUUAUCUUUACUGGUCUCACUUGUGCAGGGUUGUCCCUUACAAUCAUCUAAUGUCAGGUUGGACAUACACAGACAAAAGCACAAGGUAUAAAGCUCCUUAGACUGUUAUAGACUGCUUAUUUUCACUGCAGGGAUGUUGUCUCAUUAAUUUUAUUGGUAUUUUUUAUAAAGGGAAAUCCCAAAAUUGCCAUAUUUUUCUAUAAAUAUGCUAUUUCAGCACUUAAGAUCAGGAAAGUUUUGGGUUUUAAUGUGCAUGUUUGAGCUAUUUUGGGUUGUGAGGCAAGACACCUGGGUGUUUAAGGAGGCUUUUAAUGUGUUUCAGGGGUGACAGUGUUGUGCAUUUUUAAUUAAUUUAUUUGUUACAUUUUAAGUUAUUUACAUAGUUUUAAAAUUAUUCUGUUCUGGCACUUUUUUUGUUAUUUUUGUUUUCUCUUCAGCUUUUUUUUUAAUUUCUUGGCAAUCAUAUCAGGGUAUGAGGACAGCUCAAAUUCAUACUUUCCAUCUGAGUGAAAUAUAGCUCAGCUUUCCAGUCGCUGACAUGGCAUUGUGGGGUACAUAACAGAAUAUAGGCAGUAAAAUUUCACUGCCACAUUACAGAUAUAUUCCUACUGUAUUUGGUGCUCAAAUUAGCAAAUGAGAGUUUCUUUCUGUACUAACAGGUGGUAGAUCAGAUGAUGUGGUGAGAUUUUAUGGAUUUCCCCUGCAGGGAAGUGAAACUCAGACAGCACCCAUGAAAGAAGAUAGCAAAAACUCCACUUGAAAACCCCAAGCUGUGCUUCGCUUUUGCAUUACAGUUCAUUUCCUCUGCUAGGAUAGCCCUGUCAGCUGACUUCAUGGUUUAUCCGCUUUCAGUAUUGAUUUUGUUCUCUUUUCCUUUCUUUCUUUAAACCAUAUCAAAAUAUUAAAUCAUAUCCAGGUUGCUCUUGAGAUCAUGGUCAUCAGAAAUGUGCAAGUGGAAUGAAAAUUAUUGGUAUUAUUUUAAUUUUAUUUAAAACUAAAUGUUAAUUUAUUAACUUUGUGAAUGUCCUUGGUGCAUGAGACACAGGGUCUCCUUUGUCAGUGGUGUCACCACUAGAGAGGGUUUAGCUGACAGGGUAAAACUUUUGUACCCUUCUUUUAAAUACACAGAGAUCCACAGCUUUGCAGUACAAGUUGGAAAACAAACUGGUAAGAGAUGGGAAAAGCCUUUUCAAGAUGAAUAUCUUCCAACGGAGUAUGUUGCCAUGAUAACAGUGGGAACAUCAACAGAUAGUAGUUUUUAGUACUACAAACUUUUCUCAGAGGCACUAAUAAUCUCAUUGGCUAAUUUAAAACUCAGUGGUGGCACAGAAAUAAAUUCAUAAAAAAUAUAAAAUAAAUGUAAAUAAUGUUCUUUGACUAUCCUGGACUUGAACUAAUUUACCUCACUUGAACAGCAGUAGGCUUAUAUGACUAGUUUAAUUUUGGCAAAUCUAGAUUAAAGUUUUUUCAGGUAUGAAAGAGUAACCAUGUUCUAUAUACUUACUGCCCAUCAAUGCAAUAAGUGUUAAGAGCUGAUUCAUUAAUUCAAUAUUUAAUCCAUAAAACAGCAAAACAUAGUAAAAAAUUCCCAUCACAAUUUCCCAGAGCCCAAAGUCAUGAUUUCAAAUUGCUUGGUUUGUCUGACCUACAGUCCAAAACCAAAAGGUAUUCAUUUACAAUGAUAUAAAAAAGAGAAAAGCAGCAAAUUCUCACAUUUGAGAAGAAGAAAACACUUGGAAUUUUUGACAAAUGGUUGAUAAAUGACCUAAGUGAUUAAUUAAUUAAUUAAUUUGAUGUUUUUGUUGUUGUUUUUUAUUUUAAUUUAUACAGUGCUGAUUAUCAAAAUUCUUGGUGAUAUAUAUAGAAAAAUCAGUAACAAAACUGUAUUUACUCAGCAAUCAGGUGGAAAGGGUUACCUUUAUGGAACAUAAUAGUAUACAGAACAUGGUUAGUUUGUGUUUGUAGCAGAGGAGGCUUCAGAAUAACACUUUCCUCCUCUCUCACCUCUUGUCUUUACAUCAGUCUUCAAAGUACAAUUCAGUUACUGAGCCAGAAAGACUGUGGUUCAUUAGCUCCACCCACUGAGUUAUAAAAGAAAUUAUAAGUAAUUUCAUAUAUUUCAUAUGUGUUUGUCUUUAUUAUCUGUUUUCUCUUCAAAAGUAAUUUUAAGUUAUCAUCUCUCAAUGUAAAGCACUUCCAGCUGCAUUUCCUGAAUGAAAUAUGUAAUAAUAUUCUUAUUCUUCCACCAAUGGAAUUAUUUUAAUGUCUGAGAACUGUUUGUGAAGCUGAAACUCUUGCCUGGUUAGCAUCACUUCUAGUAGCCAGAUGACACCUCUCUUUGUUGAUACAAAUUGUAUCCUUUUUAAACAAUAUCAUUGUUUUAUAUGAGAAUAUUGAAACAAAAAUAUUUGGAGUUGAAUAUUUUGAGUAUUUGUGACAAACUUUGUCACCUUUGUUACUUAACUUGUAUUUAUAUGAGGGGCCUUUUCAUUUCCUUUUUUUUCCAAGUGCAGGGAAGAGAAAGUCUCUAAUGCAUUUUUUGGAAACAAUUGUUAUUGUUUAUAUUGUCAGUGAACUGAAAGCAUGGUACUUUGUAGCUCAAAAUUAUGAGGUUGAGUUGACCCAGCUAUGGUAAAAAGCCCAGAUGACACUGAAAAAUACCAUGGUAUUUAAUAUAAAGGUGUGGUUACAUGUUAUGUGUUCUCAUUCCUCUUGAGACAUUUUGAGACUUGUCAGCUUCAUUCUCAGAGCAGUAUUUCUGAAUACUUCUGGAGCCAAAAUAGACUAUGAGAGCAGUAAUGAGAAGAGGCAUUAUUACUCUGAGCCUGUCUCAAAGCAAAACUGCUGACGCUGAAAAAACUGACACUCUUCUGGCAAAUUGUGUUAAUAACAAUAAUUAGACUGCUUAGUGAGUCAGUCAUAAUGAGAUGCUCUCACCCUGCUGGUCUGGCACUGUGUGCUAGUGUUUUCUAGAGGUUUGAGGCACUCAACAGUUUAAUUGAACACACCUCUAAAUGUGUUUUGUGAACAUUCCUGUGGACAUUAAAAAACAUAUUCAGUGAAUGAUGGCAAAAACUAUUUUUCUAUUAUCAUUAACUUGUUUAAGAGCUAUUUUUCUAAUUGUAUGUGAUUCAUCCGCAAGAAGAGAUUGUAGUCAGUGUCAGCGUUGCUGCAAAAGGGGAUGUACACAUUGCUAACUGUGCAAAUGUAUGUUGUAUUUGGAUUUCUUCACAAAUGUUACUUGACAAAGUGCUUUCAGACUGAAAAUGAAGCCAUUUUCCACUUUGCUUUAGUCAUGUGAGUUUGAGUGUUUUUGUCGUCCAUGUUUCACUAUAAAAGGAUAAUUAGGCUACUGGCUGCACAUACAUUAGCUGUAGCUGUUCGUUAGCUAGCAACGUACACAUCAACAUGUGUGCUGUGUAAAAGUUGCAUUUAGACUGACUGAGCUCAGUGUGAAAAAUACAGCCCUCUCAUUGAAUUGAAUGAUUCAAGUUCUCAGUUUAUCUCCCGUUAUGUUGUCUCCGUAUGUUUCCGUUAGUGAAGUUGCAGCUUAAGAAAAUCACAAGUUUUUCAUCGAAGUUAAAACAUGUCAAACUUGCGUGAAGAUGUCUUUGCCCCAAGUUAGAGGAUAGGUUCAAUUUUCAAGGUGUCCACAUGAACACUGAAAGAGGUUUUCCUCACUGUAAUCAUUCCUCCUG